CCAAAGCGCGUGACUCUCCUCGUCACAUGACGACUACCACGAACCUAGAGAGGGAGCGUAUCAGAGCAGUGAAAAAGUAUAAACAAAAGCUAAUACAGCAACAAGACUACUUUGGGAAUGAACUAGAAAUUAGAACUUGCGUGUGCAUUGGCGAUUUAUUUCCCAUGCUUUUAAGAAAAAUGAUCAUGAUCUAUUUUCGAGACAUUGGUUCGUGCUGUGCUAGGGGUUAGCUUGUCAGUAAUGUCAUUUUGUGAUGUUUUGAUGCAAAUGAUCGCCUGUAAUUUGUUGCAGUGAUUGUUCAUGCUGCUUUAAUCAAGGUGACCGCCUGAUCCUGCCUAACGGGUGGGCCGGCCCUGUUCUCUCCCCCUUCAGAUGAAUGCUCUGGUAGCUCUCUGUCAUUUCUGUGAGCUCCAUGGCCCCCGGACCCUGUUCUGCACCGAGGCUCUGCACCCCCCGUCCCCCACACCCCCCCAGGCUGGCGCCCCCAUACCCGGGGACAGAGAGUCGGACAGAGAGGGCGAGGGACUCACCAUGAGGGCAAACAGCUCAGCUACACAGAGAGGAGACAUGUGUGAGGGCUGCCGGUCUCUUCCAGCAUCUCACCCUGGCUUCGUCAGCGUGGACAGUGAGACAGGCAUCCGGUUCCUCAGCCACCAACAACCCAGACAACCCCAGCUCUUCAGUGUGGUCCGCCAGGCCUGCGUACGCAGCCUCAGCUGUGAGGUGUGUCCAGGUCGUGAGGGUCCUAUCUUCUUUGGGGAUGAGCAGCAUGGUUUUGUGUUCUCUCACACGUUCUUCAUCAAGGACAGCCUGGCCCGGGGCUUUCAGCGGUGGUACAGUAUCGUCAUGGUAGCCAUGGACAGGAUCUACCUCAUCAACUCCUGGCCCUUCCUGCUGCGCCACCUCAGACUCACUAUACAGAGUCUACAGAGCACAGCACUGAAGGUGUUUGACAGUGAGCAGUGUGUGUGUCCUCAGAGGGCGGUGAGGAUGAACAGCGUGUUCUCUCCUGCUGUCUUCCCUCACCAGAUGAGUGGUAACGCAGCCCGCUCCCUGCCCUCCCUCACCCAGCACACCAACCUCUGGGCCAGCCUACACUCCUCCUUCAGCUGGUUACUGAAGGCCUGUGGUAGUCGUCUGACAGAGAAGCUGCUGGAGGGAGCUCCCACAGAGGACACACUGCUUCUUAUAGAGAGACAGACCGAGCAAGAGGAGGAAAUGAGUUGCUGGGAAGGAGCAGAAGGGGGCGGGUCUAGACCCCAGUGCCACCAAUCGGAGAGCGAGCUGUACAGAGACUUCUUGUUUGACGAGGGGAAAGCAGAGGGGUAUCCUGGUCCAAAGUUCAGGUCCUUGAGACAUUUAAGACAGGUGCUCGGGACCACUGAUUUCCGCCAGCUAGCAUGGCACGUGCUCAUGGGAAAUCAGGUCAUAUUGAGAGGGGCUGACCCAGGGCUCAUCCAUUCAGCAUUCACCAUGCUGAAGGCCUUGCUACCGGUGGGCUGUGUCCGCUCUGUGACGUACAGCGCCCAGUAUGAGGAAGCAUACCGAUGUAACUUCCUGGGCCUCAGCCCUGACGUGCCCAUCCCCACACACGUCAGCUCCUCAGAGUUCUCAGUGUUGGUGGAUGUGGUCAGUCUGGAGAGGGGUUCUCUGUACUCUGCUGCUUGUGGUGAAGACAUCCUCUCACUCUAUCAGUUCAACAUCAGCAGUACCAACUCACAGCCUACAGAUAAAGGUCCCACGUUGUUGAAUAAGAUCGAGGUGGCGUUGUCCAAUGAGAACCUGUCAGUGGACGUGGUCUCUCACUGUCUGCUGUGUCUGAAGGAGGAGUGGAUGAAUAAAGUGAAGGUGCUGUUUAAGUUCUCCAAGGUAGAUGGGCGUGGGAGGGAGGACACCCAGAAGGUGUUGGCCCUGCUGGGUGCCACAGGGCCUGGGGAGGAGGACAACGUCAGGCUGCUCAAGUUCUGGAUGACAGGACUCAGCAAGACUUACAAGAGCCAUCUGAUGACCGCUGUCAGAGGAGGGCAGAGGCCCCUUAGCCAGUGAGAGAGCAGUGGAGGAGAAUAUGAGCGGUAGCGGGUGAGACCAUACAGCUGGAGUGAAAUAUACUGUAUCUCAGUAUAGGAGGCUGGUGGGAGGAGGUAAUGGCUGGAAUGGAUUAAAUGGAACGGAGUCAAAUGUGAUUUCCAUAUGUUUGAUGUGUUUGACACUGUCCCAUUUAUACCUUUCCAGCCAUGACAAUGAGCCCGUCCUAUAGCUCCUCCCAGCACCCUCUGCGUGUAUCUACUACUGUAUUUGGACAGACAGACAGACAGACAGAGAAAGGGAAAGAAAACAAGUGUGAAUGAGUGAGUAAUGACAGAUAGACUGACUGAAGGACAUGUUUGUGUCCAGGUGCUGACUUGAUUAAAACCCAUCCUUCACCAUAAA